AUGCGUCUCCAAACUGGCGCCUCCGUGGCUGCCUUUGCAGCAACCGCCAGUGCCAAAUCCCUCUCUGAUGUCUGCACCUUGUCCAACGUCAAGUCCGCUCUGCCUGCCAACGGUACUCUACUCGGAAUCAACCUGGAACCGUCCGCUUCCACCGCCAGCGUUGUCUACAAUGCUACCGUUGGCGGCGGUAUGAGCACUUCUUCGACCACCAGCGAGACCUACAACUACUGCAAUGUCACCCUGACCUACACACACCCCGGCAAGGGCGAUACCGUCGUCGUCAAGUACGCUCUGCCUGAGCCCUCUGACUUCAAGAAGCGUUUCUACGUUGCUGGAGGUGGUGGUUACUCCCUGUCCUCGGACGCCACUGGUGGUCUGGAGUACGGCGCUGCUGGUGGCGCCACUUCGGCUGGCUACGAUGCCCUGAACAGCGUUUCCUACGACGAUGUUGUUCUGUACGGCAACGGCUCUAUCAACUGGGAUGCUACCUACAUGUUCGGCUACCAGGCCCUGGGCGAGAUGACCCAGCUCGGAAAAUACUUCACCAAGGGCUUCUACGGCAUUGGCUCCAGCUCCAAGGUCUACACCUACUACGAGGGAUGCUCCGACGGUGGUCGUGAGGGUAUGAGCCAGGUCCAGCGCUGGGGUGACGAGUACGACGGUGUUAUCACCGGUGCCCCUGCCUUCCGCUACGGCCAGCAGCAGGUCCACCACGUUUUCCCCUCCGAGGUCGAGAAGACCAUUGACUACUACCCUCCCCCGUGCGAGCUGUCCAAGAUCGUCAACGCCACAAUUGCCGCCUGUGACCCCCUUGACGGCCGUACCGACGGUGUUAUCUCCCGUACCGACCUGUGCAAGCUCAACUUCAAUCUGACCUCCAUCAUCGGCGAGAAGUACUACUGCGCCGCCGAGACUAGCACCUCUCUGGGUUUCGGCUUCAGCAAGCGUCAGGCCGCCGGCAGCUCGACUAGCUACCAGCCCGCCCAGAGCGGCACCGUCUCUGCUGAGGGUGUCGCCGUUGCCCAGGCCAUCUAUGACGGUCUGCACAACAGCAAGGGCGAGCGUGCCUACCUGUCCUGGCAAAUAGGUUCUGAACUGUCCGACGCCGAGACCCAAUGGAACAACAACACCAAGAAGUGGGAGCUCGACAUUCCCUCCACCGGCGGCGAGUUCGUCACCAAGUUCGUCCAACUUCUGGACCUCGACAACCUUUCCGACCUCGACGGCGUCACCUAUGACACCCUGGUCGAGUGGAUGGAGACCGCCAUGUUCCGCUACUUCGACAGCCUCCAGACCACCGUCCCCGACCUGACCAAGUUCCAGGCCGCUGGUGGGAAGCUGCUUCACUACCAUGGUGAAUCUGACCCCUCCAUCCCCGCCGCCUCCUCCGUCCACUACUGGCAGGCUGUCCGCGACAUCAUGUACCCCGGUCUCUCGCAGAAGCAGGCCCAGGCCAAGCUCCAGGACUGGUACCAGUUCUACCUGGUACCUGGUGCGGCUCACUGCGGUACCAACUCCCUGCAGCCCGGUCCCUACCCCGAGGUCAACAUGGAGAUCAUGAUCAACUGGGUCGAGAACGGUGUCAAGCCUUCUCGCCUCAACGCCACUGUUUCCUCCGGUGACUAUGAGGGUGAGACCCAGAUGCUUUGCCAGUGGCCGUCUCGCCCUCUCUGGCGCAGUAACACCACCUUCGACUGUGUCAACGACAAGAAGUCAAUCGAGAGCUGGACUUACGAGUUCCCUGCUUUCAAGGUCCCUGUGUACUAG